AUGAAACUGAAAGUAGACUCUUCAAUCUUGAAGUCACAUAACGUCCUAUCCGGAAAAAGAGAGAUUGGACUUCGAUUUAUUUUUCGAAAUCGUGUUGAUGACGGUGUAAAAUGGCAAUGCAGAAACAUUUUUAACACUGUAAAGGGUACUGCUCUAGGUGUUGCUGAAUAUCUUACACCUGUCCUAAAGGAGUCAAAGUUCAAGGAAACUGGUGUUAUAACUCCAGAAGAGUUUGUGGCAGCAGGUGAUCAUUUAGUACAUCAUUGUCCAACAUGGCACUGGUCAGCUGGGGAAGAAUCUAAGAGAAAACCUUACUUACCAGCAGAUAAACAAUUUCUCAUUACAAAAAAUGUACCAUGUUAUAAACGAGUAAAGCAGGUAGAUAACCACCAAGAAGAGCAGGAGAAAGUGAUAGAGGAGAAUGACCCUGAUGGUGGAUGGGUAGAUACACAUCAUUAUGCUGAUCCACAGAUGGGUCAGGUACAAGAAGCUGUCUCUGAUAUGACCUUAGAUUCCAAAGAUAAGACAUCUUCUGCAGAUGGAGGUGCGUCAACAACUAAAGAUGAUGAUGACGACGACGAUGAUGACGACGGUGAAGCUAUGGAUAUGGAGGCAUUUGAAGAAAGUGGAAUGCUAGAAGAAAAUGACACAGCCACUUUAGUUGUAAAGACUAAUGUAGAGCGGCAGAUAUCAGAAUCUGAGAGUGGUGUGUUGCAGACUCGAACCUAUGAUCUCAACAUAACUUAUGAUAAAUAUUAUCAAACACCAAGGCUAUGGUUGUACGGGUAUGAUGAGAAUCGGACUCCUCUGACAGUAGAGCAGAUGUAUGAAGAUUUCAGUCAAGACCAUGCUAAGAAAACAGUAACCAUGGAAGCCCAUCCACAUCUACCGGGACCACCAAUGGCUUCUGUACAUCCCUGCAGACAUGCAGAUGUGAUGAAGAAGAUAAUAGAAAUGGUGGCCGAGGGAGGUGGUGAUCUAGGUGUUCAUAUGUAUUUAAUGAUAUUCUUGAAGUUCGUUCAAGCUGUAAUUCCGACCAUAGAAUACGACUACACACGCCAUUUUAACUUGUGAUGCACCUUAACUACCACGCAAUAUAUACUUAUACUUGUUCAUAUAAUAUUAUCUCUGAUGUUUUUAUGUAAACUGACAAAAAUAAAUCAUCCUUCUUGAGAUUUAGUUUCACUUUCUCCUCUUCGUUUUUAAACAGUGAUGAUUUACUUGUUUUCUGUCUCAAGAAUCGGCUCCGGUAUCUGGUAUUCUUGAAAAAUGGAGAAAUUUUUUUUUAAUGCAGUUGUGCUAUUUUAUAUUAAUAUGUGAAUUAAUACUUUACUAAUUUCAAUCUAAGGAAAUUAUUUUACUAUGUGCAAAUCGUGUGAAAAUGUAUUCCAAAAAAAGGAAAUCAACCUCCGAGAUUUUAUAUUUCUUAGAAAUAUACAUGAAUGUAUGUAUGUAACAGUGUUAUUAAUGUUUGCAAUAGCAGCUUUGAUUUGGGGGGGGGGGGAUGAUGAUGAUGAAUUUGAUUAAUCAUUAUUGCAUUAUUACUUCUCAUGCUGAAAAAAAAUAUUGAAAGAAAAAUAAAUGUCUUUAGAUUUUAUUUGUGCUUACUGUUACUUGUGUGGAAAAGUACUCUAAAUUGGAUCAACCAGCAGUAGAUUGCUUGUUAUUGUUGUUAUAAAUGUGAAAAAUGUACUGAGAAAAUAAUUUAACCCACCUAACAUUUCAAUGUGCUGUUUGCCAUUUAUAUAUAAACACAGGAAAUAGUGACAGGAUAAAAAUAACACCAUUAUUUUAUUUCUGCUUACUCAGUAACUCAAGUGGAAAAAUACCAAACAAAGAUUACUACAACUGAAAUAAGGAAAAAUACUGAACAUAAAUGGCAAGAACUUCAAGAACAUUUCAUUGUGUUAUAUGCUACUCAAGUUGGAAAAUGUUGACACAAAUUAACAAUCACUAAAAUGGAUGGUGAAAAUUUCUGUGAUUAAUAAAUGUAGAAAUUUCUUGGAUCUUUUACGAAAUUGUUGUCAUGAUUUAACAAUUGAAUGAUUUUGUAUUUUUUAUCCAUACCCUGCUGGGACUGAAAGUGUUUAGACUUUGCCACAAGUAUAGAACCUUCACAUCAGUGUAAUCUGAUCAGGCUCUAUAAUGUUGGUUGCCCACUUUUUGUAUUUUGACACUGAAAUCCCUUCAAGUUGGAAUGGACUGUACCAUAUUCAAAACAGUUCAAAUAUAUUACACAAAUUCAUCAGGUUAUGGGUUAAAUGCAUUGGUACAUGUAUAUGUUUUUUUUUUGAAAAAUGGAUAAACAUAAGAAAUAGUGUUGACAUUUCAGUGAAAUUGUUACUUUAAUAUAAAUAAUUAAUUAUAUAUGUAUAGCUUUAAUGGUAAGCACUGUUCUAAAGCAUUUUAAUUGUUGGUGAAUUAUUAUAUUUUAUGUUGCACUUGGCCCAUCAUGUAAUGCCAAGCUUUGAUUAAAAGAUAUUUUCAGA